AUGCGGGGCGCGUACGGCGCCGGCGACGGGGACGGGGACGGGGGCAGCACCGGCGCGGACGGCGUCGUGACUGGAGGCGGCGGCGGCGGAGCGAGGAAGCGGCUGCGGGCCGCGGAGCCGCCGUGGCGGCCGGCGUUCAGGCUGGAGGACUUCGAGGAGCCCUCGCCGACGUCGUCGAAGAGGGCCAGCAGGCAGGAGGACGACGGCGAGCGCCCAGCCGCCCCGUCGGCGCCGCCGCGGCGCGCGGGCGGACGUCUCGACGGCGGCAGAAAGAGCGGCGCGCGGGCGGACGUCUCGACGGCGGCAGAAAGAGCAUCUGAUGAUAGCCACUACAUCUUUGGAGUGAUCACUGAAACCAUCCGUAGGAAUUGUGAAUCCAGCCAAGCUUGA